AUGCAGAAUACUGGAAGCAGUGCCGAAGGGGACGUCGGUGCAGAGUAUGACUCUGUUGGAGGUGAAGCACGUCUCCCUGCUAGCCAGCGUCCUAAGGGAAGAUAUAGCCUCAACGACUUUUCUUUGAUGCGUACUGUGGGCACCGGAAGUUUUGGUCGUGUUCACCUUGUACGGAGUAAACAUAACUUACGAUUUUACGCGAUAAAGGUUUUGAAUAAGGACAAGGUCGUGAGAACGAAACAGGUUCAACAUACGAAUAACGAACGCGAACUGCUUGAUCUAUGUGUACACCCCUUUAUUGUCAAUUUAUGGGGUACUUUUCAAGAUUCACGGAAUUUAUACAUGGUUAUGGAUUUCGUACCGGGUGGAGAGCUGUUUACGCUCUUGAGACGAUCAAACCGCUUCCCAGACCCUGUCGCAAAAUUCUACGCCGCCGAAGUCGCGUUAGCACUCAACCACCUCCACACGAUGCACAUCAUCUACCGAGACCUCAAACCCGAAAACGUUCUCCUCAAUCACGACGGGCAUAUCAAAAUCGCUGACUUCGGCUUCGCCAAGUUCUGCCCCAAUAUGACUUGGACGUUAUGCGGUACACCAGAUUACCUUGCUCCCGAAAUUGUCGGGCAGCAACGGUAUAAUAAAAGUGUGGAUUGGUAUGCACUGGGAGUUUUGAUUUUCGAGAUGCUUAGUGGACUACCGCCGUAUCACCAACCUGUACCAAACCCUGUGUUGUUAUAUGAACGUAUCGCAGCGGGUCCCGCACACAUUCACUGGCCCGCGUUCAGUUCCGAUGCAAAAGACCUCAUAUGCAAACUAAUGGAACCCGAUCCUUCACGGCGAUACGGAAAUUUACAACACGGUGCGGGUGACGUAUUCGCACAUGCAUGGUUCCGAGAAGUAGAUUGGGCGAAGUUGAGAGCGAGGGAGAUCGGUGCGCCGUAUAUACCGAGGAUUGAUGGGGAUGGGGAUGCUAGUGCUUUUGAACAUUAUCCAGAGGGAGAUGAAGUGAGGACGUAUGGACGGGAGGGAGAGGAUCCGUGGGGGAAGUUGUUCCCUGAGUUUGAUUAUAUGCCACUUGUCCCAUGA